AUGGGGGGCAAUCUCGGAGUCGCGGGAUCAUCACAAACUCGUACCUCGCUCAUAUCGUCACAUGAACUCAAAACGUUCAAACGGAAAAAACGGCGAGGAGCCGACCUGUUCGACGUGAUGGGCAAGCCGUGCUGGUCCACGCCGUUGCCCGAGAUCCAAAUCACCGAGCCUCCGUGGGGAGAAGAUGAAGCGUACGAUGACGCUUUCGCCGGACAAGAUCAAGCAUGGGUGACGUUAGCCACGAACGAUACCUACGCCUUGGGUGCAUUGGUACUCGGAGCUUCGCUGAGGAAAGCCGGCACGAGUCGACAGCUCGCGAUACUCAUCACCUCGACGGUUUCGCCUGCGAUGAGAAAACUUCUGGAAUCGUCUUUCGACCUCGUACAAGAAGUGAACCCUUUCGACUCCGAGGACGCUGCUCACUUGGCGGUCCUGAAGCGACCUGAACUUGGAAUCACCUUCACAAAAAUCCACUGCUGGACUUUGACACAGUACACCAAAUGCGUUUUCCUCGACGCUGAUACGCUCAUCUUGUCGAAUUGCGACGAGCUUUUUCAACGCCCCGAGUUGAGCGCCGUUCCCGAUGUGGGAUGGCCGGACUGUUUCAAUUCGGGCGUAUUCGUUUUCGUGCCUUCGUUGAAAACAUUCGAAGAUCUUGUUUCGCUAGCCGAUCGCGAAGGGAGUUACGAUGGUGGAGAUCAAGGUCUUUUGAACAGUUACUUCAGUGACUGGGCAACCAAGGAUAUCGCACGACACCUAUCGUUCAUCUACAACAUGAACUCAAACGCAUUUUACUCCUACCUCCCCGCGUUCCUCAAGUUUGGGCACAACGUCAAGAUCGUCCAUUUCCUUGGGGCCCGGAAACCCUGGCAUUACAGCUAUAAUUUAUUGUCGAACCAUGUCGACUGUGAUUGCGGUCACUAUCAACAACACCUGCAACUUUGGUGGGACAUCUUUAUGAGUCACGUUCAGCCGAGACUUUCUACGGACUGCGCGGGACUCGCUGGAGAAAUGUCUAAACUAAGUAUCAGAAGCGCAGAGGAGCUCCGUAGCUUCCCCGCAGACCAAAUACUCGGUUCAGAGGGACGGCAGUUCGCAUGGGAGCGCGGCCAGAUCGACUACAUGGGUGCAGAUGCGUUUGCGAACAUUCAGAAGAAACUCGAUGCCGCGAUGACUCCGAGCCAGGGUGAGUGAAGCGACCUGCAGAUUUGAAGUGAAUGGGAGACGAGAAGAGCCUCAAGCUGGCUUUCGGCGUCUGUUUUACUUUCGGCAUUCCUACUCUGGUUCUAUGAUUUUCAAAGUAUGCGAGACUUCAUUAAAAAUUGU